UUCCCCUCAUUGGCCAAUAUCAAGACCAGAGAGUCCUAUGUCACCUCCUAUGACCCCCGCACACGCACAGCAUCCUGGGUAAUAGAGAGGCUAAACCCCGCCACCUUGCAUGGCCCCUCAGACAGGAAGUACUGCGACUUCAAAGAGGACGACAGCGUGCACGUGUUCCACAGAGCAACCAACGCUGACUACAGGGGGAGUGGCUUCGACAGAGGACACCUGGCUGCUGCAGCCAAUCACAAGUGGAGCCAGAAAGCCAUGGAGGACACCUUCUACCUGAGCAACGUGGCACCACAGGUAACACACACACACACACACACACACACACACAG